AUGACAUUUCUUACUCACAUUGUUAGUAAGGACAUGCUUAUGCUGGAUUUGACAAAGAUAAAAGCGGUGAGAGAUGGGCCAAGAACAAAGAAUGUCUUAGAGAUCAGGAGUUUUCUUGGUUUGGCUGGGUAUUAUCGAAAUUUUGUGGAAUGGUUCUCACGGAUUGCAACACCAUUGAUUGAGCAAACACAUAAGAAUUCGAAUUUUUUUUGGUCUGAUAGAUGUGAGAACAGUUUUCAGGAGUUGAAGGGACGACUGAUUACCGCUCCAGUGCUCAAUCUUCCACCCGAUCGGGAAAACUAUCAACCAAUGAUCGGAGUGGAUUCAUAUGAGAUGUUGUAUGGUAGGAAGUGUAGAUCACCAAUUCAUUUGGAUGAAAUGAGUGAGAGGAAGUAUUUGGGUCCUGAAGCAGUCCAGAGGACAAAUGAGGCUAUUGAAAAGAUUAGAGAUCGAAUACUUGCCUCCCAGAGUAGACAGAAGAACUACGCUGAUCGUAAGCGUAGAAACAUGGAGUUCUAA